GUUCGUUAAUCUGUGUGGGAGCGACAGGCUGCCACACGCGCUGCUUGCGCACAUCGCUCCAUUCAUCGGCGGCGACGGGGAGUGGAGCAGAUUGGAUACUGACGCACGUCGGGGAAUUUCCCCCCCUUUCUACAAUGGAUACCUGCAGGGUACGAGCCUGGGUGUUUCUGCUCCUGCUGUGGCAGGAGGGCAGUUUGGCAUCGCCGUUCCCCUCACCCGCCGUGAUCAAAGACUGGGUUGAUAAAAUGCAGAAAGAGCUUGUCACCCUGGCAGACACAGCCACAGCUGGGAAGAGCCUCACUAAGAUUUUUCUGAGAAACCAGCACCUUUACACUGUGGAACAAAAUGAUGCAGAGGAGCUGGUGGACAGGGCAGCCAGGAACAUAGAACAGCUGCUACGGAAGAGGUCUGCGGCCUUGGAGAAAUUGGCCUCAGCUGCUGAAGUUUUCCAGAUGGAGCAUGAAUGGAAAGAUGAGUUUGAGGAUGACGAAAUCGCCUACUACAAUGCAAAGGACAAUCUGGAUGCAAAUGAGACAGAAGCAAGAAAAUACAGGAUUCGACCAGACUUUAAAGAGGACCCCUUGUUUAAACGUUUGACAGAUCACAACCACACGGCUGUCCACAUUCCCACUGACAUCUAUGAUGGCUCUACCAUUGUGUUGAAUGAGCUCAACUGGACAGAGGCAUUGGAAGAUGUUUUUAAGAAGAAUAGAGAGGAUGACCCGACCCUUCUCUGGCAGGUCUUUGGUAGUGCUACAGGCCUGGCUCGCUACUACCCAGCCUCUCCAUGGAUGGAUUCUCGUAAGACUCCCAGUAAAAUUGAUCUCUAUGAUGUCCGCAGGAGGCCGUGGUACGUUCAAGGAGCUGCCUCACCUAAAGAUAUGCUAAUCCUGGUGGAUGCGAGUGGGAGUGUGUCUGGUUUAACUCUUAAACUGAUCAGGACAUCUGUCAGUGAAAUGCUGGAGACUCUGUCUGAUGAUGACUAUGUCAAUGUAGUUUAUUUUAACACCAGGGUGAAAAAGACAGCAUGUUUUGACCAUCUGGUUCAAGCCAACGUGAGAAAUAAAAAGCUGCUGAAGGAUGCUGUACAGAACAUCACAGCCAAAGGAAUUACAAACUACACUAAAGGCUUUGAGUUUGCUUUUGAGCAGCUCUCAGCGACUAAUGUGAGCAGAGCAAACUGCAACAAGAUCAUCAUGUUGUUUACUGAUGGAGGAGAGGAAAGAGCUCAGACCAUACUGGAGAAAUACAAUGCUGACAAAAAGGUCAGAAUCUUCACCUUCUCAGUAGGACAACACAACUAUGAUAAAGGACCUAUUCAGUGGAUGGCCUGCUCCAACAAAGGUUACUUCUAUGAAAUCCCCUCCAUCGGAGCCAUCAGAAUAAACACACAGGAAUACCUCGAUGUCUUGGGAAGACCCAUGGUUCUAGCAGACAAGCAGGCCAAACAGGUUCAGUGGACUAAUGUAUACCUCGAUGCUUUGGAACUGGGUCUGGUCAUCACUGGAACACUGCCUGUUUUCAACAGGACCAAGACCUUCGAUGACAGGAAUGGCGAGCACCAGAAUCAGUUGAUUCUUGGUGUAAUGGGGAUUGACGUGUCUCUUGAUGACAUCAAGAAGCUCACGCCACGCUUCACAAUUGGCCCAAAUGGAUAUUAUUUUGCCAUUGAUCCAAAUGGAUAUGUCCUGCUACACCCCAAUCUUCAGCCAAAGAAUCCUAAAUUCCAGGAGCCUGUAACGCUGGACUUCCUUGAUGCUGAGCUGGAGAAUGACAUAAAAGUGGAGAUUAGAAAAAUGAUGAUUGAUGGUGAGACAGGAGAACGCACCAUUUACACGCUGGUCAAAACUCAAGAUGAGAGAUACAUAGAUAGAGGAGUCAGGACCUAUACAUGGGCACCAGUCAACGGAACAGAUUACAGCCUGGCCCUUGUUUUGCCUAAAUACAGUGAACACUUCAUUCAAGCUAAGCUGGGGGAUGAUAUAAGACAAGCCAUAUCUUCCUCUUGGGGACAAGAAGCCAUGGAGACUAUACAGCCAGAGAGUUUUGAUGAGUUUGGUUACACCUACAUUGCUCCAAGGGAGUACUGCAAAGAGCUGAAGCUGUCUCUCAACAACAGCCAGUUUCUCCUUGACUUCAACCAGUAUAUUGACAGAAACACUCCAGAUGCAUGCAAUGUAUCGCUUGUGAAUAGACUGAUCCUGGAUGCAGGUCUGACAGCUGAACUGGUUAAACUUUGGAAAGAGCAGACAGUGGAUGGGACAGUAGCCAGAUUUGUUGCCACAGAUGGAGGAAUCACAAGGGUCUAUCCCAGAAGUGCUGCAGAAGUUUGGACUGAGAAUCCUGAAACAUAUGAGUCCAGCUUCUACAAGAGGACCCUGGAUAAUGAAAUAUAUAUAUUCACGGCUCCAUCUUUCAACACAGAGGCCAGGGAGCCUGCAUCUGAGUCAGGUAUUCUAGUGAGCAAAGCAGUGGACCUCAUCAUCAAUAAUGUCACGCUCAAACCAGCAGUGGUGGGAGUGAAACUCAAUGUCUCAUACUGGAUGAACAGUUUCAUUAAUGCUACACUGAAACAGAAUUGCAAGGAUGAGAUUUGUGGCUGUCUGAGGAAUGACAAGCAUGUAGACUGUGUACUACUGGAUGAUGGAGGAUUUCUUCUCAUGUCCAAUCAAGAGGAAUAUAUUUCCCUAAUAGGUCAGUUCUUUGGCGAGGUGGAUCCGGUGCUGAUGAUCAACCUGGUCAACACCUCCCUGUAUUCCUUCAAUAAAACGUAUGAUUAUCAGUCUGUCUGUGACCCUGAGAAGGACAGCAAAGCAGCAGCAGGACCUCGCUCCAUCUAUGUGCCUACCAUAGCAGACCUGCUCAGUAUUGGCUGGUGGGCCUCCAGCGCUGCUUGGUCAAUCAUUCAGCAGCUGUUCUUUGGCCUCAUGUUUCCUAACCUUUUAGAAGCAGUGGAAUCGGCAGAUGAAGAGAUACCAGAUGCCAUGUUCAAGGAAAGCUGCAUCACAGAGCAGACUCAGUACUUCUUUGACAAUAAUGAAACAUCUUACUUGGGUGUCCUGGACUGUGGAAACUGUUCCAGAAUGUAUCGUGCUGAGAAACUUCCAAACACCAACUUAGUGUUUCUGAUCACUGAUGCCAAAGCAACGUGUUUGUCGUGUGACCCCAGGCCACUUCGACAGGCUGAACAACCCUCUGAAGGUCCAAAUCCUUGUGAGCUGGCUCAGAACCCCAGAUACCGCAAAGGACCAGACGUGUGUUUCGACAACAAUGAAAAUGAAGAUGAUUCAGAUUGUGGAGGGGGGACCUGCCUAAGCCCGAGUCCAUGGCCAGUGAUCGUUCUCCAACUGCUGCUGCUGUGGCUCACCAAAUCUUUACAACAUUCAUGACCCCUACACACACUAUCUAGCUCACUCAUAUGCUGAUGAUCAUCCCAUUUCACAGUAGACCCAGAGUUGUUUCAAUUACGCCAUACAGGAUGUAUGCAGAAUUUUUGCCACACAGAUGACCUGUAUCAGCUUUUCCAUUUUCAAAUGCCAAAGGGUGCUCAUUCAUUUCUGCCUCCUCAUUUUCAAAAGUAGAGACACAUUUAUUGUUCUCAGCUGCACACAUUUCCAUGAUACACACUUUAAUCUUCUAUGGUGCAAGAGUAAGAGCUAACCAAACCCUUUAAUUCUGCCUCAUUUGUGUCUCUGAUUUGUUCAGCAGAGGUUAAAGAGUUAAUCCACUAUGCCAACUGAAAAUCAUUCAAAGACUGUAUGUUUACUGACAGCAUCAAUUUGUGUAUUGUCAGUAUUGUUUGUUGCUUAUUAUAAUUAUCACAUAUGGAUUGUUAUGCUGUAAUGAUGACUUAUUUUUUCAACCAGUGCAACAAUUGGGGAUUUCCUUUUGGACUGAGUGUUUUAUAAUGUUUAUUAGCUAUCUAUCUAUUUCUUUUCUUUUUUUUUUGUUAGAUUGCAACAAUCAACUAGCAUUUUUUGACUAGCAGGGUGUUGUAUUGUAGCAGCAUGUGCUCAGUACAGAGCGUGAGACGACACCAGUAUGUUGACACCAAAGCUCCAAACAGUAUCAAGCGCCACAAAGAGAUGUAAAAACUACUACAGAUUAUGUCCACGCUAGUUUAUUUCAAGAGAUUACUCUGGCUGGACACCAGGGUGGUAACCCUACAUCUGGGUGGACACCAGUAUUUAAGUUACAGCAUUAUGCCAGUAAUGUAGAUACAUUAAGAUAUCUCACAGAGGAAUAAGUGAGAUCAAAUUGCAACCGAUGUAAAAAUCUAGAAGUAUAUUCUAAUUAAAAAUAUGUUUGUACAUGGACUGACAGCUUUGGUUGUCUUCAAUUUGAUGCAUCAAAUCCCCAGUGCCUACAUAGUAGCUCAAGCAGUCUGAUAUCUAAAUGAAACAAUUCAUCAAGGUUGUGUUCUUUACAUGUUUGCCUCUAUGCUAAUGUUUGCUACAGUAUAGCAUGGAGGUCAGUCCUUGUAGUAAUGUCUGAUGAAAUGGGCCAAAUCUGCUUCUGUUAUUCUAAUUUUAGAGACCCACACAACAGUAGAAAUAACCAGUGAGUUUGAUUGUGGGAGAGGAAUAUUAUUUUCCUCCCAGGAGAAAACUAACCUAAGCCAGACUUGAGCUUGCGUUCCACCAUCUCUCUCUUUAUUAAUCCUGUUUCUGUUCCCUUUCUGGAUCACAGACUCAGGAGCCAAGAUGACUUGUGAAUGAGAUCAGCAUAUCAAAAUGACUGUUUCUUUGUUUUGUUCUCCUUGCUGUUCUCCUCCUAAUGCUUGUUCCUUCUUUGUGUUGCUCUAUAAGUGCUGUGAAGCAGACGCUGGAAUGCUCAGUGUUGAAAUGCUGCAAUGUCAUGGGAUGAGCUUGUUCUGUGUUUGAACACUGUAUUUGCCUAUGAUCAUCAUCAGGGCCUGCUGGAGAGAGCCUCUGGAACACACUAUGACCAGUGGUAGUUUUGCAUUGCCUUACAUUAUCACAAAGAUCACAUGAAGGUUAAGUAUUUCAGUCUGUUUUUGAAGCUUAUUAAAUUUUGAGUUCUCUCCACCUCGCCUUCAUGGUGACAUACUGGUGUUGAGUGAUCAGGUUAUGCCGUCUAUCAGAGUUGCGUGUUGACUUGUGUUUUACCCCGGGGGUCCCGUGUCUAUGUGCAGGCAUGUGCGUGUCCCUCCGAUAAAUGAUUGUGCUUUAAUACCGUACAUGAAAUACUCUUUUGUGAAACUUCACUAGCCUGAUUGAAAUUUUGUAUACAUUUGUACACUAAUACUAUUUAAUGUAUUAAAAAAAUGAGAGAAGAGAAAAAGAUGUUUAUAAUAUUGUGUUGAUUAUUGUGCAAAUAUAUAUUCACAAUAAAUUGUUGUAUUGUUAUCACCUGAACUUCUGUUGCUUUGGGCCAACUGGGAACACAUCAAACAUGUCAUCCUUCAUACUGAAAAAGGCA